AUGAUCCUCAACCCACGUACAGUAGCGGCCCUAUUCAUGGAAAUCGAUGGCAAUCCACUCAGCCUAAUCAAAGACAAGGUCUUGUUCAAGGCGGCGGAGUCCGACUCCCCUUCGAUUGACUCGGUGGAUCCUCCUCCUCCGCAAACCCUAGGACCACCACCACUCCCUACUCCUUCGUUCCCGAUGGGCGCAACCCACAAAAAAGAGGAGUUGGUUAGCUCCAUGAAAGAGGGGGAGCACUUAAUAAUUGCAAACUUAGGAGAUUCUCGAGCGGUUCUUGGCAAGAGGGACGAUAGUAAUCGGCUGGUUUCCGAGCAGCUUACAGUGGACCUCAAACCGAAUCUUCCGAGCGAAGCAGAAAGAAUAAGAAGUUGUGAAGGCCGUGUUCUUGCCAUGGACGAGGAGCCGAAUGUAUACAGAGUAUGGAUGCCUAAUGAGGACUGUCCGGGCCUAGCCAUGGCCCGAGCUUUCGGAGAUUUCUGUCUCAAGGACUUUGGCCUCAUCUCGACACCCGAAGUCACUUAUCGAAAGCUCAAUGAACGAGACGAAUUCGUGGUCUUGGCAACUGACGGGAUUGAUGACGAGUUUAUCAAGAGAUGGGCAGACAAUGAAUGGUCAAGGACCACUGUAGCUCAUCUAGAACGUCUUAAAAUUUUGCUUCAGGAGACAUCUUUCUUUGAUGUUGAUGAAAGAGAUGACCAUUGCUUCCGACGUUCGCUCCUCAUCCUCUCCCCUGUUGUGGCGCCCCACGCGAUGAUGAAAUUCAAGGACCACCACCACUCCCUACUCCUUCGUUCCCGACGGGCGCAACCCACAAAAAAGAGGAGUUGGUUAGCUCCAUGA